AAAGGUGGUACUUCUAAUCAGACGCGUACCAAUCUUAACCGACCGAGGGUCGAAGCAUUGAAUCUUUUGAAUACACUGAAUUAUCAGGAAACGCUUAAAGCACAACUUACCCUGUUUUGAAAUGGCAGCAGAAGUGGACAGGGAGACUCUGAAAGCCGAAAACGACCGACUACGGCACACGUUGUUUGUAAUGGUCGCAGAUAGACAGAAGAUGGCGUCAAAAUUGACGGGUGUUCAAAACCUAGGACAACAACUGCAGAAGAAAGAUAUGGAGAUAGGUAAUCUUAGAGAAAAAAUUGAACGGUUAGAAGGCUCUCUGGCGAGAGCAGAGAAUAGAAUAACUCAGUUGAGUCUUCAAGCGGGCAACGGCCAACAUUUGAGCGGUCAAACCGCCAUUGUUACUCCUGGAGUUUCAAAGAAGGUUUUAGAAGCAUUAACUCGCGAUAAUACAAGGCUAAAACAAGCUCUAGACCAUCUAACCAACAGAGGGCCGGCUGGAGUUGAUUUGGCAGUGGAAAACAAAGAACUACAUGAAAUAAUCAUGACCCUUAGAGAUGAAAGGGAUAUGAAAAGCAAUGAAGUAAAUGAAUUAAAAACUGCCCUAGCUGCUGUCCAAGAAGGCAACAUUGAAUUAUUAAAAGGUCAAGUGUUGCGUCUUACGGCAUUGGUCACAAAACUAGAGAGGAACCUUAAUGCCAAACAAGUGUUUUGUGAAACUGUGGUGACAGAGAAUGAGUCUUUGAAGAAUGAGUUACAGUCUCUUAGGGAUGACACUGUUACAAGAGUGAGAGAUCUCAAGAGAGGACUGGGCCAGCAAUCAACGCAUCCAGAUGUCCGUAGAAUUUUAAACCAGGUUUAGGAUAAUCCAGAUGGAGACCCAGAGGCAUCUGCUUCUAACUCAGAAGAGCUUACCAUGCUCACAGAAGAGGUUUCAAAAUUGAACAGGGAGAACAGGGAACUAGAGGCAAAGGCUUCAGAGAGGGAACACUUAAUUGUAGAACUGAACAGAAGCAAGGAAGAAGGGGCCACUUCAAAAGAUCUUCACACUGCUCAGCUUAAGUCGUAUGAAGAAGAGCAAGCACGGUUUUUACAACAGCUACAUGCGCUAAGUGAUGAGCUAACAGCUACGAAGAGAGAUUGUGCAGAAAAAGAAAUACAACUAAAAGAUAAUGAGAUGGAACAAGAACUCAUGAGGAAUGCACUUGAAGGAUAUGAAAAUGAUUUUAAGAUGGAAAGACAAGAGAAGGUGAAGGCAUUGUCUGAUCGCGAACAAGCUUCUCGGGAAAGUGAUCAAAUCAAGCAACGGUUUGAACAACUCAGGCAGGAACAUAUUGGCUUAAGGCAGAACAUUGAGCAAAUGUACGCAAAUGCUCAGAGACAGGCCCAAGGUCAAAACAGACUUCCAAAUUCUGGCCGCUCAUGUGCAGCUCAAGUUCAGGAACCAUGGCAAAAACCAAAUCCGAUGAGACCUAGAGCACUUGGAAUGGAAGUGCAGGCUGAUGGAACUGGGCCAGACGUAACAGACAGCCCGACUUCUCCAAGGAAAGAUGCAAUUCCGCCAAUGCGACGUUUUACUAGCCAAGGAAGUCAGCUACAAUGUCCUAACUGCAGAAAACUUUUUCCACAUGACCUGCUUGAGAAUCACAUGAGAGACUGUACAGGGGAUGAUUAACAAUAAGUUUAACUGACAUGAGCGAGAUGACAACAAGAUCUGAAAUGGCUUUGACAGGGAUGGAAUGGUAGCAAUAUCAAUGAAUCUGCUUACAUGUAUGUUGCUGACCUAAAGGAUGUCUGAAACCACAAACAGGCUAAGGCAGAUGUGAGGAGAUUCUUGUCAUCGUUUUGCUCAUGUGAUUUAAUUGAAAUAGGAAAAUGGCAGAGCCAUACAAGCAAAAGGUGGAGAAAGUGAUUGGUUCCCUUUGGUACCUGAUACUGUUGAGGGGAUUCAGAACAAAAUCAAGUCAAGUUAUGAAAAGGUUUACUGGUUGUGGCUAGCAUCAUCGCUUCUGCUAUCAAAUUGCUCAGCCGGUUAAUCAAACCAGAGUGAAGAGAUGAAGACAGUUUCAGCUUAAAGAGAGAAAGUGUGGAAGUGACUUUUUGCAUCUGAUCUACAUAGCAUCGGUUUAUGAGUACUCCACGGUCAAGUAAUGUUGAUCACUUUAAGAUGCAAAUGUUUGGAGAAGAAAUGUUUAAAGGUUUGUAAAGGCUAUUUAUUAGUUUUUACUCACAAAAAUUAUCAAGGAGUUAUGAAUGAAUCUCUACUGCUCAUUCUACAGAGAGGAUAAAAAUUGACUCCUUAAGUAAGGUAAUGUUGACACCUUCAACUGUAUAUUUGCAAAAUGAAAAAAAAAAGAAGUGAAAAUAGCGCAAAAAUAUUAUUAGUUGGGGUUAUGAUGCCUUUUCAUCAUUUUUUUUCAAAAGCUAAAAAUUGAUUGUUUUAAGUUUUUGAAAAAAAAAGAGACUAAAAUCUGCAUUUUAAAAAUUUACCAUCAGUAAGUUUCUCUGCAUUCAUACACAUCUGUUCAAAAACUUUCAAAUGUAAUCAAGAGACAAUAAAUUUGAUAAACAGUAUAAGCUUGUAGCACAAUAUAAUCUUGUUCUCAGAAAGGUUCAAGUGAUUUUGUGAGGGGGUAGAAGAAGAUGCACUUUAGGCAUUGAAACAUGUUGUGAUUACCAUGUUAAUCGUUUAGACAUGGAUGUCAUUAGCUUUUUUCAGCAUAAUAUGCUUUAACAGGUCUUGUUCAAGGGGUGAAAGAGUUUGCUUGUUAUCUGAAUAAUUUAAUUAAUUAUUGUAAAUUUAUGCAAGGAAAAUGGUAUUAUUAUAUUUACAUUUUGUAUGAUGAUACAUCGUUGUUUUUUGUAGAUACUUUUCCUAAAUGUUCUUCUUGAAUAAAAGCAAUGUAAGGAAUA